AUGCGCGAACGGAUGAGCCUUGAGGGAAAGACCACAAUCGUCACCGGAGGCGCUCGCGGAAUAGGCCUAUCUAUAGUCGAAGCUAUAGCAGAAGCCGGUGGCAACGUUGCUGUUCUUGAUGUGAUGGAAAAGCCACAUACUGACCUGUCCAACAUCGGUACGAAAGUUGAGUACUAUCGGACGGACGUGGCAAAGAUGGACGCGUUGGAGAACACCUUCAGCCAAGUGAAGAAGGACUUUGGAAAGAUUCACAACUGUGUCACCGCCGCGGGGAUAGUGGCCGACAAACCAUUCUUCGAUCACACCUGGGAGGAUUGUGAAAAGAUCUUGAAGGUUAAUGUCCUAGGAACAUUCUUCUGCGCGCAGUUGACAGCUAAGGCGAUAAGAGACCAGGGCUCAGGCGGCAGUCUUGUCUUCAUAGCAUCGAUCGCGUCUCAUAUGGCACUUCCGCUACAACGUCUUCCAUUGUACGGAGCGUCCAAGGGGGCCGUACGUGUCUUGAUGACCCAGCUGGCUGUCGAGCUGGCACCACUCAAUAUUCGAGUCAACACGAUUUCUCCUGGGUUCAUCCGCACAGACAUGACUGAGCUUUGCGCAGAGCAACAACCAGAGUUGUAUUCGGUAUUCGACUCGGCACCCCCAAUAGGAAGGAUGGGGGAGACAAGCGAUAUCACAGGUGCUGUGAACUAUCUUUUGAGCGAUGCGUCGGCGUAUACGACUGGAGCUGAUAUACCGAUUACUGGAGGCCUGAUUGGAGGUCGUAUCAAGAACUGA